AAACAGCUUUGGUGUAAGUAGCAGGGGAUUUUCAACAGAGAGGCCCAGAUUGCACUACCCAAAGCAAGGGGAGGUAAGGGAGGAAGUGGCUGAGGUUGGGUAACUGGGGAAUUUCUUAUUCAGUCAGUCUAGUAUAAGACCAUGUCUUGAAGCCUGACGGUCCACCAGAAAAGAAUGCUCUCUGAAUGAGCUAGACUUCUCUCCACUGGAGUGAGAAUUGAAGGCUGGGAGACUCAGCCUCCAUCAUGCAGAACACCUCCAGUGCCACGUUCUCCUGCUACCAUUCGUCUGUACUGGGCUAUCGUUAUAUCGCAGUUAGCUGGGGGGUAGUGGUAGCUGUGACAGGCACCGUGGGCAAUGUGCUCACCCUGCUGGCCUUGGCCAUCCAGCCCAAGCUCCGUACCCACUUCAACCUGCUCAUCGCCAACCUCUCGGUGGCCGAUCUGCUGUACUGCACCUUUCUUCAGCCCUUCUCUGUGGACACCUACCUCCACCUGCAAUGGCGCACUGGCGCCACCUUCUGCAAGGUCUUUGGGUUCCUCCUCUUUACAUCCAAUGCUGUCUCCAUCCUCACCCUCUGCCUUAUUGCCCUGGCACGCUACCUCCUUAUUGCCCACCCUAUGCUCUUUCCCCAAGUGUUCAGUGCCAAGGGGAUACUGCUGGCACUGGUGGGCACCUGGGUGGUGGGUAUGGCCAGCUUGGCCCCCCUUUGGCCUACGUAUACCUUGGUGCCUGUAGUCUGCACCUGCAGUUUUGAUCGCAGCGAAGACCAGACCUACGCCCCCAUCCUCAUGGGCAUCUACUUUGUGCUGGGGCUCAGCAGUGUUGGCAUCUUCUAUUGCCUCAUCUACCACCAAGUGAAGCGAGCAGCACAGGCGCUGGAUCAGUACAAGCAGCCAAGUGUCCACUCCAACCAAGUGGCUGGGACAGAGGCUAUACCGGGUCGUUUCCAGGAGCUGGACAGCAGGCUGGCAUCAGAAAGGCCCAGUGCAGGGACUUCAUCAGAGCCAGUCAGUUCUGCCACCACCCAGACCAUGGAAUGGGACUCAUCAGAAGUGGGCAACCAGCACAGCAGGGAGGUAGCUAAGCAGAUGGCAGAGAAAAGCCAUCCAGAAGCACCAGCCAAGACCAGGCCAACUAAAAGAGCCCAGAGAACUCAGGACUCUCCAUCAGAGUUUGGGAAGGUAACUCGGAUGUGUUUUGCUGUGUUCCUCUGCUUUGCCCUGAGCUACAUCCCCUUCUUGCUGCUCAACAUCCUGGAUGUCAAAGCCCAUGCUCCUCGGGUUGUCCACAUGCUCGCUGCCAAUCUCACCUGGCUCAAUAGUUGCAUCAACCCCGUGCUCUAUGCAGCCAUGAACCGUCAGUUCCGCCAAGCCUAUGGCUCCCUCCUAAAACGAGGGUCCCAGUGUUUCCGUAGGCUCCAUCAGAACUGUGUCCCCAGUCACCAGAAUCCAAGACUGACUCCUCCAGAACUAAAGUGACCAGCUGGUAGGGAGUAGAUGAAAGUAAGACCUGUGGGCAUUUUCACAGACAACUUUCCCCCUACCCCCAAACCAGGCUUCUCCAUCCCUUGAUCAAUGCUUCAGCUCUAGGCUGCCCAAGGUGCAUUAUUAUUAAUAAAUGAA